CGUAGUUACAUUGGAUGCUUUGCUUUAGCGGCUUAGCAACAUUGGGACCAUCAGUGGACGUCACCCGUCGAGCUCGUUGACCUCACCCCACCAAAUUGUGAGAAAGCUGCUACCCCUCCAGGUUCUCUACCCCUCCAUCCUAAAGAGCAGCUUAUUAUUAGAAUUAGUCCGGCCGCCUUCUACCUUUCUGCGUGCUUUUUUUCAAACGGACAUCCUAAAAAAUAUCGCCCUUGAAAUACCGCAACUUUCUUUCUGAUCUAUUCUCCUUAUUUUCGUAAAUCUCUCCCUAAGACGAAGAUAUCAAUUGAAACUUAUCAUCCGCCAAUAUGUCUCUGUCGAGCAAGCUGUCCAUCACGGAUGUCGACCUGAAGGGAAAGAGAGUUCUCAUCCGGGUUGAUUUCAACGUCCCCCUCGACGCUGACAAGAAGGUUACAAACAACCAACGUAUCGCCGGUGCCGUCCCCACCAUCAAGUACGCCAUCGACAAUGGUGCCAAAGCUGUCAUAUUAAUGUCCCACCUUGGCCGUCCCGAUGGCAAGGUCAACCCCAAGUAUAGCUUGGAGCCCGUCGUUCCAGAACUCGAGAAGUUACUGGGCAAGAGCGUCGAGUUCGCCCCGGAUUGCGUCGGCCCUAAGGUCGAAGCUAUCGUGAACAAGGCGGACAACGGCCAAGUUGUUCUAUUGGAGAACUUGCGAUUCCACGCCGAGGAGGAGGGCUCUUCCAAAGACGCGGAGGGCAAGAAGGUGAAGGCGGAUAAGGCUAAGGUCGAGGAGUUCCGCAAGGGAUUGACUGCCCUUGGUGACGUCUACAUCAACGAUGCCUUCGGAACCGCACACCGAGCCCACUCUUCCAUGGUCGGUGUUGACCUACCACAGAAGGCCGCCGGUUUCCUCAUGAAGAAGGAGCUGGACUACUUCGCUCAAGCCCUCGAAUCACCUAAGCGACCCUUCCUUGCCAUCCUAGGUGGUGCCAAGGUUUCCGACAAGAUCCAGCUCAUUGACAACCUACUAGACAAGGUUAACAGCAUCAUCAUCUGCGGUGGCAUGGCCUUCACAUUCAAGAAGACCCUUGAGAACGUCAGCAUCGGCAACUCCCUCUUCGACGAGGCUGGCUCCAAGAACGUCGGAGCGCUGAUCGAGAAGGCAAAGAAGAACAACGUCAAGGUCGUUCUCCCCGUAGACUACGUGACGGCGGACAAGUUCGACAAGGACGCCACUACCAGCUCCGCAACUGACAAGGAUGGCAUCCCUGACGGCUGGAUGGGUCUCGACUGCGGCCCGGAGUCGAUCAAGCUGUACAAGGCGGCUAUCGACGAGGCCCAGACCAUCCUUUGGAACGGUCCCCCCGGCGUCUUCGAGUUUGAGAAGUUUGCCAACGGCACCAAGGCUACCUUGGACGCCUUCACGGCAGCCGUGGCUGCUGGAAAGAUCGGUAUCAUCGGCGGUGGUGACACCGCUACCGUCGCUGCCAAGUACGGUGCCGAGUCCAAGUGCUCUCACGUGUCGACUGGUGGCGGUGCCUCCCUAGAGCUACUAGAGGGCAAGGCUCUACCUGGUGUGGUUGCCCUCAGCACCAAAUGAAGGUUAGAGAACUCGGUGCGGCUAUGAGCAUCGAAUUAGCAUCCUUAGUAUGUAAAAUCGGGAUGCAGGUUUGGGUCGCAGGGUACGGUACCUGAUGGGUUGGGCGGUGUCUUUAUUGUUAAUGUUACGUGUUGAAUGUUUUAUGACGUAGCAAAAUUAGAUGAAUAUCGAAUACCAGAUACAAAUACAAAUAUGUAUUAAAUUUA